AUGUGGCGGUCUUUAGCUAGGACCUCACGCUUCAUCAGGCCCCGGCCCUAUGCAGCUGUUGCUGCAUCCGCAAGGCCGCUGGCGACCGGCAGCUUGCGUCACUACAGCCAGCAAGCCGAGGGCGGUGUCCCGUACGAGACCCUGCAGAGCGCCGACAAGACCCGGCCGGCGUCGGUGCCGGCCUCUGCGGAUGUGGUGGUCAUUGGGGGAGGGUCCAUCGGCUGUAGUACGCUGUACCAUCUGGCCCACAUGGGGGUCACCAACGCGGUCUUGGUGGAGCGAGACCAGUUGACCUCUGGCACAACGUGGCACACAGGAGGUCUAGUCUGGAACCUGAGGCCCUCGGACCUGGAGGUGCAGCUGUUGAUGUACAUGGCUCACCUGGUCCGCAACGUGCUGGAACCGGAGACAGGCAUAGUGCCAGGCUGGAAAGAAAACGGAGGCAUCUUCGUCGCCAACAACAAGGAACGUCUGGAUGAGUACAAGAGACUUGCAACGCUGGGCAAGGUGUUCGGUAUCGAGUCUCACGUCCUGUCGCCGGAUGAAACCAAGAAGGUCUUUCCGCUGAUGAACACAUCGGACAUCUACGGCUCGCUGUACUCCCCCACCGAUGGUGACAUUGACCCAGCAGGUUUCUGCUCUGCAUUGACACGGGGAGCCACAAAACUCGGUGCUAAAGUACUGACUAACUGUCCAGUCACAGGCAUCCAGGUAGGAGAAGACGAUUACGGGGUGAAGCGGGUCAAGGGGGUGGAGACGGUGUCCGGUACCAUCAAGACGUCCACUGUAGUCGACGCCUGUGGAGUCUGGGCACCAUACAUCGGUCAGAUGGCCGGGGUGAACGUCCCACUCACCCCCAUGCAUCAUCACUACGUGGUGUCGGAGAGAAUCGAGGGGAUCCACGGCCUGCCCAACGUGCGCGACCACGACCUCUCAGUCUACCUCAAGGUCCAGGGGGAUGGGCUGGCCUUCGGUGGCUACGAACCAAACCCAAUCUUCUGGAAGGAGGUGAAAAAUGACUUUGCCUUUUCCUUGUUUGAGUUGGACUGGGACGUCUUUGGUUUCAACAUUGACGGUUGCGUGAAUCGCAUACCCGUGUUGGAAACCACGGGAAUCAAGUCAACAGUCUGUGGACCGGAGUCUUUCACCCCGGACCACAAACCACUGAUGGGGGAAUCGCCCGAGGUGCGGGGGUUCUACCUGAACUGUGCUAUGAACAGCUCCGGUCUGAUGCUGGGCGGCGGAACGGGCAAACAAAUGGCCCACUGGAUUGUCAAUGGCAGGCCCGAGCUAGACAUGUACAGCUACGACAUCAGACGGUUUGACCCCAAGGUCAGCAGGAAUUCCGCCUGGGUGGACGAGCGUAGUCAGGAAGCCUAUGCCAAGAACUACUCCACUGUCUUCCCUCAUGAUGAGCCUCUGGCUGGUAGGAACAUGAGGAAGGAUGCCUUGCACAAGGUUUUGGAAGAUGCAGGCUGUGUUUAUCAGGAGCGGCUGGGAUGGGAACGGCCCGGCUGGUUUGCAACAGAUGGCCCUGCUCCGGUUUUGAAGUAUGACUUUUACGGCUAUUACGGCACACCAGAGCAUGAAAACUACCGCUACAAACAACUGCUGGGCGAUGAUUACACCUUUGACUUCCCCAAGCAUCACGAUAUUAUUGGGAAUGAAUGCAUGACGUGUAGGACGAGCGUUGCAGCCUUCAACAUGUCGUACUUUGGCAAGUUCUAUGUGACGGGGCCGGACGCACAGAAAGCUGUUGAUUGGAUGUUCACCAAUGAUAUGUCCAAACCCGUGGGCUCUACCGUGUACACCUGUGCCCUGAAUAAAGCCGGGGGUGUAGAAAUGGACCUGACGGUGUCCGUCAUGGAUAGCGGCACGGGCUCUGCCAUCGAUCCCGUCUUUGAUGGGCAGGGCUUCUACGUGGCUGCCGGAGGGGGUGUAGCCCAACACGCCAAGACGCACAUGAGGACCAUCAUGCAGGAUGAGCGAUUUGACUGCAACAUUUUGGACCACUCGGAGGACAUGGGAGUUCUAAGCGUACAAGGACCAAAAAGCCGAGAGCUGCUGCAGUCGUUGACGUCAGCUGAUCUGAGCAACGAGGCCUUCCCUUUCGCAACCCACAAGGUGAUCGACAUAGCAGGGAACCAGACCCGCGCCAUACGGCUGUCCUUCGUCGGGGAGCUGGGGUACGAGCUGCACGUCAACAACGAGUCGGCGGUUGCCAUCUACCAGGCCGUCAUGGAGGCCGGGGCCAAGUAUGGCAUCGUGAACGGAGGGUACCGGGCGCUGGACUCCUUGAGUUUAGAGAAGGGCUACCAUCUAUGGCGUAACGACCUCCGAGCAGAGGACACCCCUCUGGAGAGUGGACUGGGCUUUGUGUGCAAGUUGAAGAAGGGCACUCCAUUCCUCGGGAGAGGGGCUGUGGAAAAGCAGAAAGCCGAGGGGAUCAGAAAGAAGAGGGCUUGCUUCACUAUAGAGGAGCACGUACCACUUCUCGGCUUUGAAUGCAUCAGACGCAACGGCGAAGUGGUGGGUUUUGUCAGGCGCGGCGAAUUCGGCUACCACCUGAACAAGAACAUCGGCUACGGCUAUGUCAGCAACCCCAGCGGCGACGUCGUCACAAAUGAAUUCCUGGCAGAAGGGGACUACACCAUCGAGAGAAUGGAAGAGGUCUACCAAGCCAAGCUACACCUGAUAAGCCCCUUUGAUCCACAACACAAGCGAAUAAAGGGUAUCUACGCCGACGACUAAGUGACCAAUUACGAUAACAAGAAAGUAGAAGAAUGUUGCAACCUGACUCCACUUCAGCGGUUGUGUACCAAGUCUAUGGAGAGUCAAGACAAUUUAUUUCCUAACAAAAUUGGAAAUGUUUCUCGGUCCCAGAUUCAUGUCUCAUCAUCAUUUCUGCAAUGAAUGACCUUCGUUGAGAUGAUACAUGAUGAAAAAAGCAGCGUCAGGUUGCAACAUUCUUUCCACUAGAAAGAUAAGCUGAUCAACGUGGACGAGCCAUGUUUGUACUUUGUUUUUACUUAUGUUAUCAGUAGUUUUGAGACUUUUUUUUCCGCUAAAUAUGCAUGUUUCUUUUCUUUUCUUUUCUUUGCUAAAGAUACAGAUAUAGUUUUGAAAGCCUAUUCUAAAUAUUAAGAGUGAAGACAGGACAGAUUGUGCACAACUGCCCGAAAAAAAAUGAAAUAAAUUUAUUUAAAAAUUGUGCUUAAAUUUUAUUCUUUUUAUAACGCUUAGCGUGCAAAAACACGAUUGCAGUUCAAACUCAUGACCUCAGAUAUUAAUGCCAAAAAAUUGACAAACAUACCAUGUUUGUACCAUUUCUUUAGGGUGAUGUACUUCAAAAUAUAUUUCAGGGAAACAAAAUUUAAGUACAUUUGUCUAUUGUUUUUAAUCCUAAAAUCUAAUCUUACAACAACAAAAAGUAAAUAAAAAAGUGGAAUCUUUUUCCCAGAUCAAAGAGUUUAAAUUAUACUGAUUUAUUCCUAUGUGAUAGGGUGGUGGUAAUAUAUUUUUUUUUCUAAGAUUGCAGAAAUUUUGUAUUAGAUUUAGAAAUUUUUUUUUGAUGUAUCAUGAAAACUUAACAUGGGCGGGUGUGCGAGAUUGGCAAAAAUGUUACACAGGACCCACUCACAUCUGAUUUUCAAAAUUGGGUUCCGAAAGUAUUUUUGUGGAAAAUUCUUAUGUAAUUUGGAAAUGUCUGAUUCUUCGUCCUUAAAAGCUCAGGAAUCUUUUACAUAAGCCAGUUUUUUGUUUUUUUUUGUAAACCUGUCUGUAACGUCGUUCUAUCAAACAACUUUAAAAACUACUGGCCGCCAUGCCGAUUAAUUAAUUGACUGUUUAUUCACUGUAAGGCCAAAUAAAAAUAAAAAACAUGUUUAGCGUCCUACCUUUU